ACUGUCCCUCGACGGAGAACGGCGUCGACCGCUUCGCCUGUCCCACUGCCGACGCGUACGGCCGCUUUCUGUGCAUCGACGACCAGCACAUCUGCAAUGGCUACACCGACUGUCCGAGGGGCGAGGAUGAGGACACCAUGUCCUGCAUGUUCUACAAGAGUACGAAAGCCCAUUUGGAUGUACUUGCGGACUACCUGUUGCAGUGGGCUCGAGGACGACACUUUUAA